UCUUCCAUUUUGAAAGAUGUCUGAUAUUAUGUCAUAUAAUGGAGCAGCAGUCAUUGCCAUGAAAGGCAAGAACUGCGUCGCUAUUGCGAGUGAUCUGAGACUUGGAGCCCAAUUUCAAACAGUCGACUGUAACUUCCAGAAAAUAUAUAAGAUGACUGACCAGAUAUUUAUCGGUUUCAAUGGUUUGCAGUCAGAUGCACAGACCUUCGCUCAGUUAUUAACAUACGAAGUGAAUUCCUAUAAACUGCGUGAAAAUCGCGACAUUAGUCCUGAGGCUUUUGGAUCGUUGGUGCGGACAAAGCAAUACCAGCAUCGCUGGGGUCCCUAUUUCGUAGAACCUGUGAUUGCUGGACUAGAUAAGAACGGUGAACCGUACGUGAAUGCAAUGGACACAAUUGGUGCUGGAAUCUACACCCCAAAGUUCGCUAUAUCAGCCACUUGCGCAGAAAGCCUCUACGGAACCUGUGAAGCAUUCUACAAGGAUAACAUGGAGCCAGAAGAGCUCUUUGAGGUCAUUUCGCAAUGUCUUCUCGCGUCUGUCGAUCGAGAUGCAUACAGUGGUUGGGGAGGAAUUGUGUAUAUUAUUACUCCUGACAGAAUCAUUGAACGAAGACUGAAGACACGCAUGGAUUAAGAGGUUAUUCUCAUUUUA